AUGUCACCGCGAUGCAGUCGCGCACGCUUCGUGCCGCACAUCUGCGUCGGCGGCGAGCUGUGCCCCACCCACGCCUCGGAGGCCGACCUGGCGCUGCUUCGGUCCUUGUCCGAUGUGCAGGACGACUUCCUCGACGGCUUUGACUGGGCCGCGCUGGCGGCCGGCGGAGGGAAAGGAGGCACGUUGCUCGCCUUUCACAAGUGCCGCGGCAAAGCCUUCGUGGUGAAGGAGCUGUCGCCGUCGGACCACGAGGCGCUGCUCCGGCUCGCGCCCGCGUACGUGGUGCACGCCACUCGCCACAGGGACACGCUGCUCGCGCCCUUUUUCGCUCACUUUCACCGGCCGUCCACCGGAGUGCACUACGUGGCCAUGGGCUCGGUGCUGCCGGCGCCCGUGGCGGCGGUGGCCGCCGCGAGUGCGCCGAGCGUCUACGACCUCAAGGGCACCGCCGACGACAAGACGCUGCUGUACGAGGGCGAGAAGCGGCGCGACGUGCACAAGCGAUUUUUUAAUGUGGGCAUGCGGGUGUGCGACCUGGCGUCGCGGAAGUGCUGCCGUCCGCUCGCGGCGGCGGCGGACGUCGCGGCGGACGCGUGGGCGCCGGGCCGGCGGCAGUACGCGGCGGGGAAGCAGCACGCGCGCGACGUGCGCUUUCCGCUCACGGCGCCCGCGUGCGCGUGGAUGUGCGCGAGGCUCGAGUCGGACGCCGCCUUCCUCCGGAGGCACAAUUUGAUGGACUACUCGCUGCUG